AUGGCUGACGAUGGUAAUUUCAUCAAUAGCUUCGCCAACUGGCAACCUGAUGAAGACAUGCAAAGUUGCCUGAAUUGCCAUGCUCCGUUCUCCUUUCUGAUGAGGAAGCAUCAUUGCAGGUGCUGUGGUGGGAUAUUUUGUGCUGCCUGCUCUGAAAGAUUAGCCAGGUACGAUACGAAGCGGGUGAAAGUGGUUAAGAGGCAUACAAAUGAUGAUGACGAGUACCCUCCGUUUAGAACCUGUGAUUCAUGCUACGAUAAUUUACUGCAUUUAAAGCUGCUCCUCUCGCCAUGGGGGAGGCCUCUGGAGCUCAGCGACAGAUCUGCUGUGUUCCAUAAUGAAAGAACUGCAGCGAAUAAUGACCGGGCAUCACCUCAACGAGCUACACAGGCGAGCGAAGUGGUUAAGCCAGCCGCUGGAACGGAGCGAACACGGGAAGUUGGCCAGAGUCGCAGCAGUAGCGUACGACGGGCCAGGAUCGAUGACGAUAACUACUGUCCAAUCUGUAACUAUGACCUAGCAACAUUGGCCACGGAAGAAGCGGCACAGAAUCAUGUAGAGGAAUGUCUCCGAAAGGCCUCUGAUAUCCAGCAGCAUCUUGGUUCCCCCGAAGAGACGGAAAGCCCUGCUUUCCAGAAUAGGAUGCUGGUCUACAAGGUUGCGCCUACGGAGAACGGCCAAUAUCGCGAGUGCCCAAUAUGCUUUGAAGACAUGGCUGCUGGUGAAAAGGUUGGCAGGUUGGAGUGUCUAUGUAUGUUUCAUCACAAAUGCAUCAAGGGCUGGUUCAAUAAGAAGGCACAAAGGAUGAAAUCCAAAGAUAUACAGUAUAUCGGCAAAAAUUUCUGUCCUCUGCAUGAUGCCAUAUUUUGA